GUGAUACCUUUCACAACGACUUUUAUUGUGAAGAACUCAGCCGGAAGUCGCAUUGAUGUUGGAGGAACGGAGCUGAAAGACGCUAAAGGAGCUAACAGAUAUGACGGAGCAAUAACAAAUGGCUGCUGUCGUCAGUCUGGCGCGAAUGGAGAGGAGGCGUCCAGCACAAGAAGACAUUUGUCUUCUGGAGACUAAGUCUUUGAGGACAGAUGGAGAUGAUGUCUUCUCCAAACUGGACAGGAAGUCACAGACAGGACGUUCCUCUGUGGACAGACAGGAAGAGGAAAGAGCACCUGUUUCCGGUGACAUCACAGUGCCACGCCAACACGUUGACAAGGCAACCAGCGAGGACGAACUGGGACGACUGGACAUUGACCUGGACAGGAAGUCCAGACAGCACAACCUGACGUCCAGCAACGUGCGCGCUAUCCUGCAUGAGGUGAUUACCCAUGAGCGUGUGGUGGCCAUGAUGAAAGCUGCAAUCAGAGACACACAGGACCUCCCCAUGUUUGAGCCCAAGAUGACUCGAUCUAGAUUGAAACAGACCAUUCAACAGGCACAGCCACUGAACUGGAGUCUGUCUGCAGUGAACACAGCCAAGCCUCCUCAGUUUGUGGACAUAGAUCUGGAUGAAGACUCAUCAGAUGAAGAGUAUUGUCCUGAGGAAGAGGAGGAAGAGGAAGACACUGCUGAAGAGACAUUCCUCAGUGAUGACAGCUUGGCUUCACCUCCCAAAAUGCAUCAGGACUCUGACCCCAAAGUUUCAGCAGAGCAGAGGACUGAAGAUCCGCUGCAGCGACCCCCAGGACAGCUGGGAGACCGGUUAAGCUGCACCCCCCCUCCAGAGUCCUCCUUCCUGGAGAGACUCAAAGCUGUGGACGAGGAGCUGGACUGCAGCGCCGCCUACACAUAUAACCAGUCUCUGGACAGAGACGCUGAUGAAGAAGAUGAUGAUGAUGAUGAUGGGGGUCUGGCCUUCCGGACGCGGUCCAAGCGUCCUCUGGUGGACGUCCCUCUGGGCCAGCUGGAGGCGGAGCUUCUGGCCCCUGACAUCACGGCGGACAUGUACGCACCGACCGCCGCACCGGGGGACCGCCACUGGACCAAAUGGCUGCGGGGCCUCAUGGUCCCUGACAUCGACGGUAGGAAGGCUUUUAAUAUACAGACACGGGGCCUCAUGGUCCCACACACCGACACAGGGCCUCAUAGUCCCAGACACCGACACAGGGCCUCAUGGUCCCAGACACCGACACAGGGCCUCAUUGUCCCACACACCGACACAGGGCCUCAUUGUCCCACACACCGACACAGGGCCUCAUGGUCCCUGACACCGACGGUAGGAAGGCUCGUAAUAUACAGACACAGGGCCACAUGGUCCCAGACACCGACACAGG